AUGUGCUGGGCUUUGAUUUUGGCCUUGCCUAGCAUGUUGUUGUCUGCUCCCUCGACCGCACUGUCUACGAUUGACCUGCGCAAUAUGUUUCACGAUCGUCUCCGUUGGCUUGUGACGGGGCAACUAGGUCGGGUCGUGGACGCCAUGCGCAAGGCAGUCGCACGCAAGCAGAGCCGUCGAGGACAGCUGAACGCCGGCGCGGGCGCCCACCCGAACGACGCAGUCGACCAGAGCCUCAGGUCACUCGUCCGCGACCCGGACCUGGCGGACGAAGCCUGGGCAAACCACGUCACGAACCGUCUGAACCGAGGUCAGAUUGCCAAAGCAUUUGAUGCCGACAAGGCUCGUGCCGUGAUUGGUAAUUCUGAGGUUCAGGCCGUGCGCGACCUCUUGGUGAAUUUAAAUUAG